UACGUGGGGAACUCGGUGGCAUCUCAGCUAGCCCUCUGCAAGGUCUUGGAUAUUAUAAACCAGUAUGCAUUUGAGAGCUCUGAGUACCCCCUCAUCCUCUGCCUGGUGACACACUGCUGCAUCCCCCAGCAGAGGGUCAUGGCCCAGCACAUGAAGAAGAUCCUUGGAGACAAGCUGUACUUGGAUGMCCCCAGCUCAGAGGACCACUACCUACCCUCCCCAGAGGAACUCAAGGGUAAGAUCCUGCUGAAGGGCAAGCGGCUGCCCCCAAACUACCCYGAGUCAGAGGGGGAGGUGACUGAUGAGGAGGAGGGUCUGGAGAUGUCCAGGAGGGUGGGGGCAGAUGAUAARGACCAUCUCAAYGGCCUUGGCUGCAAACGGCUGAGGCUGUGUAAGGAACUGUCGGACCUGGUCUCCCUCUGUAAGUCAGUGCAGUUCAGGGACUUUGACAUYUCCAAGAGGGAUCAGAAAUACUGGGAGAUGUGCUCUUUCAAUGAGGUCGACGCCAACAGGUUCGCCAACGAGUUCCCCGAGGACUUUGUGUGCUACAACAAGCGCUUCCUCUCCAGGGUGUACCCCACUCCGAUGCGGAUCGACGCCAGUAACAUGAACCCCCAGGACUUCUGGAAGUGUGGUUGCCAGAUUGUAGCCAUGAACUACCAGACCCCRGGCCUGAUGAUGGACCUCAACCUGGGAUGGUUCAGGCAGAACGGGAACUGUGGCUACGUGYUGCGGCCGGCCAUCAUGAGGGAGGAGGUGUCAUACUUCAGCGCCAAYGCCAGGGAAUCCCURCCAGGGGUGUCCGCCCAGCUUCUCCACAUCAAGGUGAUCAGCGGGCAGAAYCUGCCYAAGCCCAGGGGCUCYGCUGCAAAGGGAGACGUGGUGGAACCCUACAUCUAUGCRGAGAUCCACGGCAUCCCGGCCGACUGYGCCGAGCAGAGGACYAAGACGGUCUCUCAAAACGGAGACAACCCYGUCUUCGACGAGAGCUUUGAGUUCCAGAUCAACCURCCGGAGCUGGCGGCWCUACGCUUYGUAGUGCUGGACGACGACUACAUCGGAGACGAGUUCAUCGGCCAGUACACAAUCCCCUUUGAAUGUCUGCAGCCRGGCUACAGGCACGUCCCCUUGCAGUCGCUGACGGGGGAGUUCCUACCCAAYUGCACCCUGUUCGUACAUGUGGCCAUCACCAACAGAAGGGGAGGUGGCAAGGCCCACAAGAGAGGCCUGUCGGUGAGGAAGGGCAAGAAGGCUCGUGAGUACACCUCCAGCAAGACCACCGGUAUCAAGGUGGUAGACGAGCUCUUCAGAGCAUCCACCCAGCCUCUGAGGGAAGCCACAGACCUCCGGGAGAACGUCCAGAAUGCCAUGGUGUCGUUCAAGGAGCUGUGUGGUCUGACGCCGGCGGCCAACAUGAAGCAGUGUAUCCUGACCGUGUCCACGUGGCUGAUGAACAGCGAGCGAGCGCUCAGGGUGACCGUGGACCUGAGUCAAGCCUACCCCACCAUGGAGGCCCAAGGGCCCGUCCCCGAGCUGCUCCGCAAGGUCCUCAACGCCUACGACAUGAUGAUUCAGACGAGCCGGACGCUGAUUGAGUCAGCUGAUGUGGUCUACUCCAAGCUUACACAAGCACAACGGGCAGGUAAGGCUUUGUAGUAUUCACUUUACCAG